GAUUUCUUCUCCGAUUCCUAUUGCUCCUUUCACUCCGAGAAAUCAAACUUUUCUCCGUCGAUCACAACCUGAGUCCUCUCCUUCCCUCUCUCCGACCUCACGAUUCGUGUUGUGAUCUCUCCUCCUCUGCAAACCCUAAUUAAACCCUCACUCGUUACCCCUAUCUUACUGAUUCCCAAUCCUCCCGUCUUCUCUUUAUCUCGGACAAUCAUUUAUUGAUUCUUUAGUAAACUAUUAUCUGUUGUUUAAUCAAGCAUGCCAAGAGAAAUGAAUUUGCAACAAGGACCACUACCCAAGUCUUAUGCUAAUGGAUUUGGUCGUCGAAGAGGAGGUGACAGAGAUGUAGGGGUUAGGCUGGAAAAUAAGUUGCAGUUUGGAAAAUCCAACCCAGGAAGAAUAUCAAAUGCAGCUGGUGGCAAGGUUGGAGGUCCUUCCCCCGAUCGUUUAGUGUAUUUGGCAACAUGUCUUAUUGGUCAUACGGUGGAGGUCCAUGUGAAAAAUGGAUCAAUAUUCACUGGAAUAUUUCAUGCAACAGAUGCAGAAAGAGAUUUUGGAAUCAUAUUGAUGAUGGCUCGCUUGAUAAAAGAUGGUACUCUGCAAGGAGAGAAGGCUUUUGCAGAGUUUGUUAGCAAGGCUCCAUUAAAGACUUUAGUUAUACCUGCCAAAGAACUUGUCCAAGUUAUAGCAAAGGAUGUUGCUGUUACUAAGGAUGGCCUUGCAAGUGAGCUCCGACAUGAAAAGCUGCAAGAAAUUAUGACAGACUCUGCAAUAUCACAAUCUCAUCGUGUUGAGAUGGAGAGAGAGUUGGAACCCUGGGUUCCUGAUGAAGAUGAUCCACAGCAUCCAGAACUAGAAAAUAUAUUUGAUGGCCAUGGGAAUAGGAACUGGAAUCAGUUUGAGACAAAUGAACUUCUUUUUGGGGUAAAAAGUACCUUCAAUGAAGAACUGUAUACUACGAGGCUUGAAAAAGGUCCUCAGAUGAGAGAGUUGGAAAAGGAAGCAAUGAGAAUAGCCAGAGAGAUUGAGGGUGAAGAUACCCAGGACCUGCAUUUAGCCGAGGAAAGAGGCCUUCAUCUUCACGAUAAUUUUGAUCUUGAUGAAGAGACCAGAUUUUCUUCAGUAUACAGGAGUAGAGGGGUUGAUGAUAGUGGAUAUGAAGAAGAUGAGGAGAUAGUGUUGGAUUCACACAAUAUUGAAACUUUUGGAGGUGCAUCUGCUUCUGUUAGUAACAAGCCUACAGAUUUCACCAGUUUAAAAUGCAGUGAAAGAGUUGUGCCAUCAAGCUCUUCCUUAAUGGAUGAGACACCAUCUUCACAAUCUACAAGUGUUGUGGAUAUAAACCUGUCUGGCUCUAAUGAUCUUGCUAGACAGCUGGUGUCUGAAGUUCCUUUUAGAAGUUCCUCUAACAGUGAAAGCAGGAUCCAGGACAAUUUGCCUGAUGAUUUUGAAGGAAGUAGUGAUCCUAAAGAUUCUGUAGAAAAUCAAUCGUUAACUAAGGAUCCUGACUUGUCAAUCCCUAUGGAUUCUCAAUCAUUAUUAAUUGACAAGACUAACAGCUGCAAUAAAGUAGAGCUAUCUGCAAACACAACUACUUCUGCUGUGGUGCAUGCUUCAUCAAAGGAUGGUGAAAAACUGAGUCUGAAUGAAGUCUCAGAAGACCCUGCAUCUAGCAAAGUGCCUGGGGAAGUGCAGUUAGUAAAUUCUCGUGGACAAGAAGGUAGUUCUACGUCAUCCAAUUCAGAUCAUGUUGGUGCUGCUGCUGCCUCAGCUUUCAGUCAUCCUGGCUUAUCUCCAAGCUCAUCAGUUGGUUCAUUAUCCUCUGAAAAGUCAACCCUAAAUCCCCAUGCAAAGGAAUUCAAACUCAAUCCUAAUGCAAAGAGUUUCACCCCAUCACAAACAACUGUUAGGCUUCGAUCACCAGUAUCAGAUGGUUCCUUUUAUUAUCCACCCAAUGUGUCUCCUGUAACGCAUAUCCAUGGCAUGCCUUUUGGUUUUGGGAUUGGACCAUCAUUUGCUCCACACCAGCCUCUUAUAUUUAACCAGGCAAUGGCACCAAUGCAGUCACCACAAGCAUAUAUUCAUCCAAAAGGACCUCAUCAGUAUGGGCAGCAGCAAAUGUUUCUUGAGCAGUCUAGGCAAGUUGUGUACAUGCCAAGCUACCCACCUGAAAUGCCAUACAAAGGACGGAAUUAGUAGCCAGUUAGUUUGCUGACUUCAUUCAGUUGUGAUCCAUUCUGCUCAUAAAGAAUAAACAUCUGAGAGACUGCUUAGAUCAAUUUUCUCGAAACAAAGCCAGGCAGCCCAUUAAAAAGAUCUUAUAGUUACUCAACCCCAUAUGUUCUGAGUGAUUGUUUUACACAUCCUCAGAGAUAAUUUCAUUACCUCGUAUGCUUCAUUCAUACCCAUGACACCAUGCCUUUAGACUUGUAGAAUCUCUUAACUAACUUGUACUAUCUGAUUUGUUGUUUAAUAUUAACAGUGUUUAGGAUCAAUUUGAAGUGUGCUCCAUAAAUUGUUUGUGUCUUUGGGUGUCGCUUUGUUUGCAUUUCUUAUGUAGGACACAAGCAAGCGUGAUAACUACUUCAGGAGUCUAUUACUUUGCCAAUAUUUUUGAUAAUAGAGUCGCAUUUUAGAA